AGGUCCUUCCUCUGUCCACCUGUAAAGCCUCUUCCUUCCCUUCUCUUGACACAAAGUCCAUUUCUCUCCUCCUCCUUCUUAUCCACUGCUCCAACAUCUCUCUAGCUCACAUGGCGAUCGCCGAGGACAGGGACGUCAAUAAAAGGCAGGUGUGGGACUGCGGCAGCUCCCUCUACGACUCCUUCGAGCUCAACUCCUUCAUGCUCCGCCUCGACUCCGCCAUUUCCUCCUCCCGCUGCCUCUCCAUGCCGCACUCCUCCUCCUCCUCCUCCUUUUCCUCCGCGGCCGCCGCCGCCAGCAUGGCUCAGCCGCAGUCAUCCCGCCGGAAGCGGUCCAGGCUCGCCAAGUCGGUCCAGAAGCUGGUCCAGUCCGUGCUCCGUCUGAACAGAUCGGUGUUCGGCGCCCCGCGAGUCCGGUCCCACGACCAGCAGCACGCGGGGCUCUAUUGCGACGGCGAGGUUCUGCGGUCCGGCCGGCUCGAGGCGAUCCCGGAGGUCUGCGAGAAGGAACUGGCGGCGGCGGCCUCGGCGUCGCCCGGGAUAGACUACGACGCCGACGCCACGGUGAGGAAGGCCGCGUCGGAGCGGUUCGCCGCCGGCGCGACGGCGGGGGCGAUGUCGUGAUCUACUGAUCCGAAGAGUUAGUUGACUGCGUUGGUGGCUGGGUUUGACGUGUAGCUAAAAGUUCACGUUAUUUUUGCCGUAAUGGCUGGGUAAUUUCAUGAAUAUGAUGAAAUAGAUAUGUAAUUCAAACAAAUCGUGGUUUAAGGAUUGGAAAUAUAUAAUAUGAGUUAAUGGGUGGUGCUAUAUG